UGAAGCGGUGUAAAUAUAAUAUUUUGCAAUUAUUGUACAGAGGUUUAAACCGAGACACAGAGGCACGGUGUCUGUGAUGCCGUAAAGUAUUUGGGCCGCGCUCAUUUUAGUCAGCAACAAAACUCGGAUAAAUUCGCGACCUCUGGCAACCUCUAUCCGGACCCGAAAACUGAGCAUGCGUAGAGUAGUCACUUCGCAUUCUCAGCCAAUCAGGUUUGUCGACAGAUCUGACGGAGAGUCCGAGAAUCGCGGGCUACUGGUGUUAAAGCGCGGCCCCUGGGGACGAGAAUGGAAAAAAAGCUGAUUACAUCCACCAUAUCCGCAUUAAUUAAAAUCGUCUCAACCCUAACCUAUGAUCAGGCGUUCUGUUUAAUUUUUCGCCGAAUAAAGAACGCCUGGUCUCAGGAUAUCUCAACCCCCAAAAUGGAAAUACGACUUAUCUGCCAUAAUCCCAAGACGUUUACAGUAUGACAUUAUUGAGACUGAUCUUGGAAGUCCCUCGCUCAAAAGUUAUAAUUUGGCACUCUUGGCUGCUCUCUUUAGCAGGUCUCAGCUACGCCAGACGAGCACAUGGGACGCUUCGUUUGAUUCUGUAAACAAACGAAUUCCUUUCUCUGUUUUAGGAAGAAUGUUUGUGACCCCAUGCGACAAAAAGACACUGUAACAAAACGUCACCGGGUCUCGUCCUCAAAAGAAACUUUGUUUAUUUCUUAUUCGGGAAUGUGCUAAGUGUCUUAUUAACCUGCUCACUGUGACAAAUUCGUUUAUACCGGGUUUAUACGGCGGGGCUGAUUUGACAACAAGUGUUAACUCAUAAUAAAUGCAUGAUGGAAACUUAACUGGUCUUCGCCUGUCUUUCAUAUUGGAUACUCUACGAUGAUUUCUUCCUUUGAAAAAUGAAACGAUAAAUGAUGAUUUUGAGAACUACCAGUCUUAAUGUUUCGAAUUCAGUUGACUGCUACAGAAAUCUACAGGUGGCAUUGACGUAGUUAAGGUGUCACGUUACCGCGAGGAAACACAAGUUUGAAGAUUUCGCUACUUGACGGCUAACGUAUGGACGGGAAAACGACUUCCAGUGUUAUCGCGCUUUGGUUAAUGUGUCUUAUUGUGGCCGCAGAAGCACAAAAGAAUGGAUUUAGAGGAGGCUCAAAAUCGUACGAAAUUCACGUCGAGGCGAACAGUAUAGGAACUAAUCUCCACUACAAACUGCCCGAGUCUAAGGUGAAGGCCGCUUCUAAACAGGACUGGCAGGUGGACAACGAUAACGCAGAGAUGCUGGCGAUGAACAGCCCUGUUUUGGCUACGGUCAAUGUUAAACACCCAAAGUUUAGCAUGAAAGGACAGUGGCCCGAGUAUAAGACAAGCUUUAAGCUUCCGAAAGACGUUAGCGUAGCUUCAAAGAGAACGGAUUUUUCCAAGUUUAAUCACGGCACGCACAAGAAAGCAGAGAAGUCGGAUCAACCCGACGCAGACCUUUCUGGUAGUGGACAAGCCUCCCCGACGAGACAUCAGACGAGACAGCCCUCGGGUUCUGGGGGUUUGCUCACAAAAUUGGCAGAAGGGUUGUUUAAGGGAAGAAAACCGCGAAAGAAACUGCAACAAGAGAAUGGUAUAGACAUGUCAAAAAUAACUAAGCUUCUCCUUCCAAUCGCUGGAUUAAAGAAUGUUGAUCUGAACAAUUCUCACGUCAGUGAUGCCAUGAAGGGAGUCAUCAAACACGCAAGGAAAGUUGUUGAUGAAGCCAAGACCGUUCUUAAUGACGCGGCAAAUUUUGUAACAACGGUACGGAAGCUUGUUAAAGUCAGUAAAGAUCACCCCAAAAUGCACAGAAAAGUCGCCAAGGCCAGCUCAGUUGCUAAGGAAAAGUCUGCCACAAGCCAGACUGACUCCAAUAGUUUUUCCACCCACGCUUCGAAAAAGUCAUCAUCCUCAUCUCGAGAACGAAGUCAAAAGAACAGUGCGCUGUUUAACGUUGCAGAGAAUAUCAAACAAAGUGAUUUCAAAGGUCGGCAGAGAAGUUUGCAACGAAACUUUGACGCGCACAAACACAACAUAAAGGCCAAACACUCGGGCAGUCAAGAAAAUAAUGAGAAAGUAAGAACAGGAGCGAGUGAGAAAGGUGUCCAAAAACGUUCAAACCUUGAUUCUCCCGAUAGCAUGAAAAGGAACAAAAGAAAUUCGCGUGUUCAUCGGAGAGGGCUCGCCGAAACAUUGGAAAGCAUUCUAUCUACUAUCAACGGACUUAAAGGGCUGUCCAAGUACCAUUAAAGUCAACGAAGCGACAGACUUCUCGUAAAAGAUAAAAAUUAGGUUUACCUCGGUCGAAACACGCGCGUACUGCGAGUAACUGCGUAUAGAGGGCUUGUACUUUCAUCAUCUUCUUUCCUUUGAUAUAGGGUUUAAGGUAUUCAUUUUAUAAUCAGGAAGCGCUAUAUUUUUUUAAACUAGAACAACCCUGGUAACCCCUCAAGGUAUUCGGUAUCCUUAACUUUUUAAAGGAUCGCUACUGCUUUUGCAAUAUAACUGCUAUUGAAAUGCG